UUGUACUCGAAUCUUUUUUCUUACUAUAAAACGAUUUUCUUUUUUAUAUUCGUAGUAAAUCAUCACUCCCAGUCUAUCUUCAUGAUAUAGAACAGUCUACAUGAGGAGAAUGAGGAGAGGAAAGAGCAGAUCGUAGGAGGAAGAGCACAUUGCAGGAUAUAAUAUAAAUGCAGAGAAAUCAGGAACUGCAGUUACCAUUGGAGUAUCCUUCCAGCAGAUUGCCUCCUUAUUUAGGAGUCCUAAUUAAUGUUAUAAUAUUAGGAUUUAUUUACUUUUUUAUAUGUAGUAUUUACUUUCUUUAUUCUAGUUAUUUCUUUCCUAAACAAUUAUAUUCCUAAUCAAAUUAGAACUUAAAGCCUAUAUAAAGGCUGCCUCUUUUCAUUGUAAGGUACCUUUUGAAUUCAAUUUUCAUUGUAAGGUACCUUUUGAAUUCAAUAAAGAACUUUCUCAUGGAGAAUUUUAAUUUCUGAACUCGUGAAUUCGAGUGUAAUUUUUGGUUCGAGAAUUCAAACAAUUUCCUAUUUCCACAGAAGCUUCCGCUACGUCACUUCACCAAACAACAAUGGCCUUGUCAGAUCAAAGCCUCUUCCACUACAGUCUUCUAACUUUCUACCUCCUAGGACCCCUUACCUUCGUUGCCCUAAAGUUCUUUCAACUCCCAUACGGCAGGCACCACCGUCUAGGAUGGGGUUUCACAGUCUCUCCACCUUUGGCUUGGUUUCUCUUCGAAACCCCCUCCAUUUUGCUUCCUCUCCUCCUUUUUCCCUUAGGCCAACACUUCACCAAUCUCAAAGCUCUCCUUCUCAUGUCCCCUUAUCUCCUCCACUAUUUCCACCGCACUUGCAUCUACCCACUCCGCGUUUACCACAGUACCACUCAACAGAAUACCAAAACCACAAGUGCUGUCUCGGUGAGUAUGGUCCUUCUUGCAUUUAUGCUUCAAGUACUGAAUACUUACUUGCAGACUAGGUGGGUUUCUCACUACAAACAUGAUUACAACAGUGAUGGAGGUUUGUUUUGGUGGAAGUUUUUCGGUGGGUUGGUGGUUUUUCUGUGGGGAAUGAGGAUUAAUAUGUGGGCCGAUACGGUGUUGUUGGGUUUGAAGAGGGAAGGUGGUGGAUAUAAGGUGCCAAGAGGAGGGUGGUUUGAGUUGGUUAGCUGUCCAAACUACUUCGGAGAAAUGGUGGAGUGGCUUGGUUGGGCAGUGAUGACCUGGUCUUGGGCUGGGUUUAGUUUUUUCCUCUUUACAUGUUCCAACUUGGUGCCCAGAGCAUGUGCCCAUCACAAAUGGUAUUUGAAGAAGUUUGGAGAGGAUUAUCCCAAUAAUAGAAAAGCAGUGAUCCCUUUCUUCAUUUAAUUUCUGAUAAAUUCGGUAGAACGAAGAUGUAAUUUAAAAUUCUUAAUAAA